AUGCUCGAGAUUGUCAUCUCGGCUGAUAGAGCAUCGGUCGAGAGACUCAGAGCGAAAAAUUGGCGGAUACAUUACUUAUUCGGCCAAACAAAUCUUCGCCUUAAGGGACCAAACACAACGGCCGAGAGGAGAGAAGCACCUCAGGCCUCAACCUCUGGUCUGGCGCCGAAAAGGCCCAAAGGGAAGAUAAACCUCCAGCAUUCGAAGGCAGCCUCUAGUGCCUUAUGCUGGAGAACAUCUAGAAGGCAUGUUGAUAUAGGGCUGAUACAAGAGCCCUGGAUCAAUGGAGGCCAAGUAAGAGGCCUACCAAACAAAGUAUAUCAGACGAUAUACUGUGAUAAGUCAGUAAGUCCAAGAGCCCUAAUAAUACUCAGAAGGGGACUAACCUGUCUUCCACUUACAGAGUUCCUGACAAGGGAUCUUGCUGCGGCAUUGGUUGAAGUGCGAACUGAGAGCAUCAAGAGGCAGCUGGUUAUCGCCUCAGGAUAUUUUCCAGGAGACGCCAUCAGCCCACCACCGGAGGAAGUACAACGCCUCAUCGAAUGGUGCCGCAUGGAGAAGAAACAACUGAUUAUGGGCUGCGAUGCGAACGCACACCACAAAGUAUGGGGCAGCACAGAUAUAAAUCAUAGAGGUGAGGAUUUGCUUGAUUUUCUAUUUUCUAGUAACAUAGAGAUAGUGAAUGUGGGUAAUAGUCCAACCUUCAUGAAUGCGAUCAGAAGGGAAGUAAUUGACCUUACACUGGCGACACCUUUUAUUGCGGGGAUGGUCAAGAACUGGAGGGUCUCAGAAGAACCAUCCAUGUCAGACCAUAUGACAAUAGAAUUCAACGUUGAAGCAACUGCUUCAGCUGAUGUUGAGUGCAGGAUACCCAGGAAGACAGACUGA